UGUUCAGUCAACGCACCCGUAACAUUUCCGGGUUGCAAAGUAUUCAGCGCCGUUGCAGCAAAUCUGGUGCAAGUGACUGCGCGCAGAUGAGAAGACACAGCGAACUAGCUUACUCAGUCAGCUCGAUAGCUUCUGAAUAAACUUCAGAUAGCUAUAGAAACAACCGAAUUAGCACCUGAGAAUGGGUGCAAAUAUGAGUUAAAACGUCAAAUAUAAGAGGAUUCAAUCCCAAGGAGAACCAGGUGUUUGGUGUCUAACUAACUGACCAUCCAGAGGCUUGUUGACAGGCCAGGAUGCCGAUCCCCCCCCCUCCCCCUCCACCCCCUGGAGGACCCCCUCCGCCCCCAACCUUCAGCCAGGCCAACACCAAGCUGAACCGGGACGAGGGGAAGGGCCGGGGAGCCCUGCUGUCGGACAUCCAUAAAGGAGCCCGGCUGAAGAAGGUGGGCGUGGUCAGCGACAGGAGCGCCCCCGUCCUGGAGAAGCCUAAAGGAGGAGCCAAUGGCAGCGGUGGAGCAGGUUCCCCAGGAGCCGUCCAGCCAAUGGCAGGGCUCUUCCAAGGGGGCGUGCCUAAACUGAGACCAGUCGGAGAUGGUUCCGUGGGAAGGUCGGCCCUGCAGCCUCCAGGCACACGCCAUUCGGCGCCCCGCCCCCCCGGUCGCCAGGACGACGCCGACAGCCCCCCGUCCCAGGCCUCGUCGCCCCCCGAGCAGGCGCGCUCCCAGCGCCCCUCCCUCCCUGACCUGUCCCGCCCCCCCAGCACCGGGGGGAGCCCCUCUGGGGGGAUGAAGCACAGCUCCUCCGCCCCCCCGCCCCCACCCCCCCUCAUUCGCCGUGGCAACGCCCCCCCGGCCCCCACCCAGAAGCUCGCCGCCCCCUCCCCCUCCUAUAACAGGGAGAAGCCCCUCCCCCCCACCCCAGGACAGAGGGGGCCGUCUCCGGCGCCCGGGAAACCCCCCCAGUCUCCCGGCAACAACCGGCGCCUGGCGCCCACCGGGGGAGGCUCGUCCUCCUUGGCCCCGCCUCCUCCUCCCUACCGCCAGCCGGUGGCCAAUGGGCCGUCCAGCCCCGUGAACGAGGCGGCGCCAGAGUUGCCACAGCGACACAACUCCCUCAGCAAGAAGCUCUCCUCCGGAGGACACACUCCAACCCGGGGCCCCGCCCCGCCACCCCCGCCCUCCCCCACCCCCCCAGGAGGAAGACCCCCGCCCCCCGUACGGGAGCCCCCCGGCCGAGGAGCAGCUCCACCAGUACCAGGGUCGACGUCUCGGAACAGUGGCCGGGAAGCCCCGCCCCCUCCGCCCCCCUACAGAACUCACGGUAGCUCCUCCGACCCCCCCAGCCGGGGCAAGCCCCCCCCUCCCCCCUCCCGCACCCCCGCCGGGCCCCCUCCCCCUCCCCCGCCCCUCCGCAAUGGACACGCCUCCACCCCUCGUUCCUUCGUAGAUGACUUUGAGUCCAAGUACUCGUUCCAUCCCCUGGACGACUUCCCCCCUCCAGAGGAGUACAGGCACUUCAACAAGAUCUACCCCAGCAAGGCCAACCGAGGGAUGAGAGGAGCCCCGCCCCUGCCCCCUGUUCAAAGGUGAACACUGUGUGACCACACUACCCCAGGAGACCAGGACACACACACACACAGUACACACACACACAGUACACACACACACACUGUACCUAAUCACUUAGAGCCAAAUCAUUCUAACAACAUAGCAUCUACAUCCUAACUACAUUCCCACGCUGCUUCCUCCUGAGUGGCCCACCAGGACGCCUGUCAAGACAGACAGGAAGUACCCUUAACCAAUCACCACGCAGGACAUCCCACUCCCUCCGGAUGAGCGAGAACGCAGGGACAGAAGAGAGACCAGAUAUGUCUGGCUGUGACAAGGCCAGGGUCGGGUGUGAACUGAACCUCUUUGUGCCAUUCUAACCCAGGGAGGUGUGCGUUGCCAUGACAACCCAGGGAGGUGUGCGUUGCCAUGACACAAAAAAAAAAAACAUUUCGACGUGCGCGCGCACGUCACCAUGGAAACAGGAGAGCAUGAGCCCCACACCUGACGCGAAAGAAGAGAAAAGAUGAUUCUACAGCCUGUUGCUAUGGCUAUCACCGAUAACCGAUUUUUGGGGGGCCGUGGGUGGAUAAACUGACGUAUGGAGGAAGAACGGCUCUUCACGGAGGGAACUUAGCUGCUCUCAGGUCAGCUCAAUAGGACAGAGACUGCAAACAGAAAUGAGGGGACCUGUGUUGAAACAGUGUUAAGGACACAGUCUUGUGUCCAGGCUACUGAAAGGUCACCAUGCCAUUUGAUCUGUCACACCUGGCGAUCUAAACAAUGCAUAUUCCACAGAGAGAAAAAAGAUCAAUUCAACCCUGGUUGGACAGGAGGAUCUAAGGAGGGUCAUUCCACAAGUGCCAAUGGAGGCAAAACACAACUAAUAACAGCCCAUCUCCUACUGACCCCUGACCUCUCCUACUGACCCUACCCCUCUCUCUCCUACCCCUGUCCCCCUUGUGGCAUCAGUGGACAGGGAUAGAGGAGUUGUGGAAGAGUUGGCAGUCAUGAUGUAAACCUGAGGGUGGUAUUCUAGUGUGUGACAAUCGCUGGUUGGGGGGAGAAAAAGUCUUCCUUUUGAAUGAUAAUGUUGGACUGUUGCCGCAAAAAAACACUACACUUUACUCCCCUCCCUAUAUCCCCCUCAAUCCCGCCCGCCCCCCCCCACCCGCGGUACCUCCCGCGCCAGGUACCUCCCGCGCCAGGUACCUCCCGCUACACUACCAGGGUCAGUAGUUCUCAGCCCAUGUUCUCAACACUACCAUUUAACUAGCUGUGUAAUUCGCUUUUUGAGAUCAUUGCAUGUAUUAACCGGUUACCAAAUCAAAUUAGUGGCAUUAACUGCAUGUGACAUUUAACAGUCAUCUUUCUUCAAAGCCAUGAGUGGGGGGCCUAACUGAUGUUGAUUGAAAUCUAGAUUUUUAUCUGAGGUAUUUUUAACUAAAUGGAUGCUUGAUGAUGUUAGUCAAGAGAAAGGUAUACUUUAUUUUAUGUUCCUGAAUCAGGUUCCAAUAACAGCCCUGUUGAGGAAGUUUUUGAGUUGUUCUCCUUGGGGAGACUAUGACCCAACACUUCUCUUUGUGUUUGUUCGUUGAUGUGUUGAAAAACGGCCAAAUUUAUGUUAUUGGACAAAUGUCAAUAACCAUGUGAUCUGCGGGCAUUCCUGUGUUGUACGAACGUGAGCGUUGCGUCCUCCUCCUGCUUCCGCCUGCACAGAGGAGACGCAACGCUGCUCUAGUCAGCCUCCCCAGAGCAGCUGUCAUUGAGCCACCUUGUAAAGUCAGCGCAGAGGGAGUUGAGGAAGGGAAGUUCAAAUUCGACUCGAGUCAAGCACCCCUCAGGUCUGAAGCCAGUGCUUAAACAUGUGGGUGAAACCAUCUUCAAGGCGGGUACUUGAGAUUGGUCCCUAGAUUCCGACUCUUGCGUGGUGACGAUGUCAAACGGGUCUUACUGUGUCCAGUAUGGUGACCUGUUAGUUCCCCCUUGAGUGAUUUGCAAACCCCCUCAGCUGUUAAUGUACAACCUCUUUCUCCUCACACACCCUUCCAUUGCUGAUAUUUUGCCUUAUUACAAAUUUGCUGUAAAACUUUAUCUUUUCAGAAUUUGUACAUGGAAAAAGAGAAGAAAAAAAUGAAAGUGGAAUAUGUAAUAAUUGUUCAAAAGUGUAUUGACACUAAAUAUGGGUAAUAAAGUAGUCAUAGCAAUUGGUCUACUUGUUUAACAUGUAAAGCUUGUAAUAUAGUGACUAAACAGGGAUAAGAGAAUAAUCAUUUGAGGUGUAGGUCUCGAAAAACUGUGAGACAGUUAUCUAUUUUACCAUUGUAUCUUUCAAACUGUCUUGACUUUCCUCUCUUACUGUACAAAUAAAGUUGGAUCAAAAUAUUGAUUGAUUUUAAAACAUUUUCCGAGAUCUGGUCAUGGUGGACCGACAUCAUGUUGGGUCGAUGAAUCCUGUGUUUUAUUUAGCUUGAUGACAGACCUGUGAGUGAAGCUGGUUUGAGAGACCGCGCGUCCUUCUACCAGAGGGCUCGUGUCAGCUCCGUUAGGAACAUACUAACACUAUAACUUGUUUCUUUCACCGAACUCACCGUCAUCAUUUCGUUCAACAAGUAACCCAGACAGGGAUACCUUAUUUACCUUUCACACGUAUGACUUGCAAUGUUCUACAAACUAUUAAAAUGGGAAAAUGAAAACUU